GGAGCGUCAAACUUGCGACGGUGUCGGAACCUAGAAGCGUGAUCCGGAGGGUGUGGGUGGCUGGACCCCGUCCAAGCGCCUCGCUGAGAAGGUGCGAUGGGGGAGUUGGGGGUUUGUUUGCAGAGUUUUCUGGGAUUUCUAGUUUCUGGGCGUAAGUUGGUGUGUUGGUGGCCUCGAACUGUGCCCCGAUACCGAGGAGUUUCUGCUGUUGCUGUUGCUGUUGCUGUUGCUGUUGCCGCUCGCGGAGGUUGCUGGGCCUUGGGGUUGGAGAGUGGUAGUAAUGUGGGUACUGAAUGCGAUGGCGUUCCAUGGCCGCGACUAUGUCAGAGGCGCAGAGACUAGAGAUGAUAGUCGAAGCUGGUGGCUGGCAUAUACAGCACGGUAGUAGGCAC